GGUGAAAGGUUUUGGUCGCUGGGUGCAAGGUUUUAUACUACUUCUAUAUUGCAACUUUACCAACAUGGCAUUUUAAAACAUUUAUUAAUUUCCCUGUAAUCUGCUGAAAUUGUGCUAGUUUUCAGGCUUUGAAGGCAGGUUUGAGUGACUUCUUAGAAAUUAGCAAUUGACCUGGCAAGCCUGUCUCUGCCUUGAGCACAAUCACCAGUAAAGUAGCUGGGCAGCACCUUUUUAAGGAAGAGGAGGAUGGUUGCAGAUGUUUACGUUCAUGCAAGAAGGUGAAAGACAGAAAAGUCGGCUUUGGUACCCUCCGGAAAUCACGUGUCUAGACUCGCGCUCUCCUAUGCACCUGCUGAGGCAAAGAGGGAGCUGAGAGUUUUGAUGCUAGGGGAGAGUGGUCUGUCUGUAAGGAGCGCCGCAGAAAUUCUUUUUUCACCCGAGUUUUAAAGGAAAAGUCUUGGAAUAGACAGAAAGGAAUGGAUUUCACGGUAUCCCACCUCGGCUCUGUAUUGAUUAUUCUCAUUGCAGGUGUAGCCCAUGGCCUGGAGAUCACAUCCCAGGGGCCCACGUCCAUAGAGAAGGCCAGCAGUGAGAGCGUCAAGCUGGACUGCCAGUUCUCUCUGGCCCCCGAGGACUCUGGCCCCCUGGACAUUGAAUGGAGCCUGCUGGCCUCCGACAACCAGAAAGAGGAUAAAGUGGUGAUCCUGUACUCUGGGGACAGGGCCUAUGAGGACUACUACCCUGCAGUGAAGGGGCGGGCCCACUUCAACUCAGCCGACCCUAAGAAUGGCGACGCCUCCAUCAACCUAACGGGUCUAAAGUCUAGUGACACUGGGACCUAUCAGUGCAAGGUGAAGAAGGCCCCGGGCAUCCGCAGCAGGAAGAUGCUGCUGACCGUCAUGGUGAGGCCUUCCAAGCCCAGAUGCUAUGCCGAGGGCCCCACCCAGGAGGGUAAGGACGUGGUCCUGAGGUGUAUGUCCAGUGAAGGUACCAACCCCCUGCAGUACACCUGGGAGAAGACCAGCGACAACAAACUGCUGCCUGCCUCCGCCGUGCUAGACCCUGUGGGAGGCACCAUGAACGUAAGGAACGCGUCCACCAGCUCCUCGGGAACCUACCGCUGCACAGCUAAGAACCGAGUGGGCAUGGAGGAGUGUAUUCUACAGCUUGGCAUCACUCCCCCCCCCAACACUGCUGGUAUCAUAGCUGGAGCCAUCAUCGCUGUUCUGCUGGCCCUCAUCAUCAUCGCCAUCAUCCUCUUCUGCUGCUGCCGCGCCCGCAACAGGAAGAAGUAUGAGAAGGAGAUCUCCUACGAGAUCAGAGAGGACGUCCCCCCUCCGAAGAGCCGCGUGUCGACAGCCCGCUCCUUCACCAGCGUGGGCAGCCAGCGCUCCUCCCUGGGCUCCAUGUCCCCCUCCAACCUGCACGAGUAUGCCCUCAAGCCCCAGUACGACAAGAUCCCCUCCGUGGAGGAGUACGAGAGGCCCCCCAGCCACGCACCCCUGCCCCCGCCCGUCGCCAGCAAGAUGGCCGGCCCCAACCUCAGCCGCAUGGGCGCCAUCGCCGUCAUGAUCCCCGCCCAGAACAGGGACGGCUCCAUCGUGUAGUGGAAAGAAACAGAGAAAGUCUUUGUUGCCUGUACCCUGCUGAUAUAGAAACCACACGUCUUUGGCUCAACUUUAGUUAAUCAAGUUAUUGUUUGCGUGAAGCAGACAGAUGAAAACCGUUAAGACCCUCAAUGGACAUUAUAUCCCAGACUUUUCAGUUUCCAUAAUAUUUUCUAGUCUCAUAUUUUAAUUAAGUUAAAUAUUUGAUGUUGUGAAUUUCCAAUUGCAGUAUAUCUUAGUUUACUCCUAGAAUAGUGGAUAUUAGUUCAUUUCUAAGGAAGGAAUAGUUACUCUUCAUGUGUUGUUAGCAGCCAAACUACUGGUAUAGAAGUUGUGUAGGUGUUGCCUCUGGAUUCUUCUCCACAUAGUUAGAUUUACACUAGUUUCACUAUUGGUUGUCGCUUUCAUCAACUAAGUACUACAUACAGUAGAUGCUCUCAAAAAAAUAUAAAGGCUUUUGUCUUG